AAUAAAACAAAACGAAAUGUCAAUGACGUCACGUUGGCGACAGUCGCGUUCUCAUUAUUUUUGUUUCGCAAUUUUUAGAAUAUCUGGGUUAUUUUAGUGCACGGUGCACAAAACCAAACGGAAACCGGAAUAAUCAACGAAAAUAUGGACAACCAGUACUAUUACAAGCUGAUGGCGAGUUAUCUGUCCAAACGGAACUGCGACGAGUCGUUUAUGAGGUACUUCUUUGGGAAAACUGCGACAAAGAAGACGCCCGAGGAAUUAGAGCGGGCGGACGAGCGCAAACGGCGGCUGCAGCGGGAACGCUCGCGGCGCUACCGCGCGCUGAAGAACGCGAGACGGCAGAACGAGGGAAGCGAAGAGGUGGCUUGGUCGAAACAGCGCACGCUGCCCGACGACGAGCCAAGCGACACGGACGAGCCACCGACGCUGUGCGACCUGUCGUACGAGCCGGGCUCGUCGGACUGCGCGUCGGACGACAACUCGGCGCACUCGGCGGCCAGCGAGCCCGCCGCCGCGCCGCCCGCGCUCAGCCUGCGCGAGCUGCUCGCCCAGCCUAACGCCGAGCUGGACUACCCCACCGUGCACAGCCUCAUGUUCCACUGGCUGCAGACGUAACCGCCCCCGCCCCCGCGCCCGUGUUCGCGCCCGCUCCGCUCCACUCGCCACCCUACGUACUGAACAUAAAGGAAACGCGCGGAGUGCGAUAGUGACACAUAUCAAUGCUUCAAUAGUUCACACGAGAAGACCGAGCCGUCCUGUUAAUUUUACUUAUUUAGAGUAUAUGAUAACUUUGUCAUUAGCUUUUAGUCGCUCACUUCGCAGCGAGGCGCUGCUCCUGUGGGACUGGAUUGCAUCAAAUUAUCCUGACGGGAGCAGUUUUUUGUUAUAAUAUGAUGAGAUUUCAUGUAAUCACCCAAGCAAUUCUCACUGAAUAAUUUAGUAAUUAGAAGCUCGGGUGAGUGGAAGCAGAAUGUUGUGAAGAUUGGGACUGGUCCAAUGAUGUUGGGUGGUUACAUGAGAAGCACUGCUGGUGCAACUAGUUGUAGAAUAUUCCAUUAGACAAUAAGUUGUUAUAAGUUGCCAUAUCCUAUUACUUAGAUACUCAACUAUUAUAUAUGAUAUAGAAAAGUAUAUAGUUACUGUAUACUUAUAGUUUGUGAUAUGAAUGAAUUUACAAUUUGUGUGAAAUCUACAAUGUUAGCUAGUAUGGUAAUGUUAGGAGGGAGCCAGGGCUCCAAGCACAUUCCUUGAGCCUACUUGGUCAGGCUUGAGUCACAUUGGCAACAAGUACAUAUCUUACAACUUCAGUCCAUGGACGUAGUAUUUUAUAAUGGACAAUAAUGCAUAAUAUUACUGUUGUCUGUUGUAACGUAACUCACUACAGCUUGUAAGUUUUACUUGUCUAAUGUAUGCAGAUUUUUUUCAAGUGAGAUAUUCAUAUUCACCAAUGGCUGCGAAUAGCUAAGUAAAACGUACAUGAGGUAGUGGGCAUUAGUUUUGGUAGGAUAUUUUCAGUUAGUGUAGUUUAGGGUCUCCAAACUUAUUUUCUCUAAGGGUUACACUGUAACUGAGCCUUCUAGGCAGUUGUUGCUGUCGCAGGCCAGCCCAGAAACCCCUGCUUCCAUUCUGCGAGCCAGAUAGGACCUGGCCAGUGGGCUGUACUCUGGAGACCCUAGUAGCGUAGGCUGAUGCGACUAACCCAGCGCUUACUCCAAUGCAUUUAACAAACGCUUCUCAGUAGCUCUCUUUAAUAAUAAGUUAGUUUUGUUAAGUUUCUCGGUUGCUUUACAGCUAGGUCUGUUAGUAUUUAUUUCCAUUUUAUUUCUGAAAUUUUUGCAUUUUGUAACGCUUUUUUUAUUACAAUAAGCUCUUAAACCUGCAUGCUAGUAUACUCUGUUGCAUUAUCAAUAAAAUUAUUUACUAGUGUUUUAGCAUUUUUAGACAAGUGAUUUCAAACUGCUGUACUUUUAUAAAAAUAUUUCGCGUUUUAAUCGUGGUCCCACUGCUUUGACCCACAGUGGGUCCAUGGGUAUUUUUUUACCCGUUGUCCCACCGUUCUAAACAGUGUUCGCCAGUAGGUCUACCGCGUCGCGGGGCUCCUAUUUCUUAGCGGUAUGCCCUUCGGGCAUCUGAAGCUGCCUAACGAACCUAACCUACCUGCCUACCUAUUGAUUUAGAGUGAUCUGUCUGUGGAAACAUUACACUUGGGGGAAAAAGCGUCGUAGGUAGCUUCAGAUGCCCGAAGGGCAAACCGCCCAGAGCGGGGAUCCGUCUAGUUAAGUAGUGGAGGAAAUGUUUUUGGAAUAUAACCACUUAGUGCGGUGGGACAACAAGUAAAAAAAAAUACCCGUGAACCCACUGUGGGUGGAAGAAGUGGGACUACGGUUAAACGCGAAAUAUUUGCCUGUUGUCACUCAAUUCAUGGUCCAUGUGUAUUAAACUGCACAGAUGAUAUUGUGGUAUCUAAACAGAGCAUAAGAUGAAACAAUACUGAGAAAAUAUCAUAAAAUUGUAAUAAUUGGAUAUACCAGCAUACAUGACUGAGCUUAGUUCUGUUAUAAGUAGGCGACAGCGUAGCCGGGAUGGCUGCUGUGGCACCUUUAUUAUGUUAAAUUAAGCACCCAUUAAUGACACGUAAAAGAUCUGCACUAAAGUGGGGUUUAACCACCUGUUACCACUGGGUACAACUUAUAAAAGAAACAGUGUUGCCAGUGGUAUCAUUGAAUUAGUGGUAACAGCUGGUUUUUAUUUAUUUUCACUUUCUGUUAUUAUCAGUUUGCCAUCAAAUCCAUAUUAAAUAUUGUAUGUAAAUCAAAUGACAAUGCAAUAUUACUGUUGUAGAGCUGCUCGUGCUCAAGUGCUCAGAUCUUAGCCAUAUAGAGGCCAUAUUUAGAUUUAUUUUGUAGACCUGCUGCUGGUUAAAGCCGCGGCCGGCCGCCAGGCGGCGCUAGUUGCCUUCACGGAUUAUUAUAGUUUGUAACUAACAUGUAGGUACUGUAAGGUAGUGCCAUAUUAAAGAGCUUCCUAUUUUUAA